CUGCUGGGUUCUCCCCAAACCUCUCUUCUCAGCACUUCCUCUCUCGGUCUGGUCCUGAUUGCUGCCAUGGCGUGCCCUCUGGAGAAGGCCCUGGAUGUGAUGGUGUCUACCUUCCACAAGUACUCAGGCAAAGAGGGUGACAAGUUCAAGCUCAACAAGUCAGAGCUAAAGGAGCUGCUGACCCGGGAGCUGCCCAGUUUCCUGGGGAAAAGGACGGAUGAAGCUGCAUUCCAGAAACUGAUGAGCAACUUGGAUAGCAACAGGGACAAUGAGGUGGACUUCCAGGAGUACUGCGUCUUCCUGUCCUGCAUCGCCAUGAUGUGUAAUGAGUUCUUCGAAGGUUGCCCGGAUAAGCAGCCCCGGAAGAAGUGAAGGGUUCUCAGAUGGUGGGUUGGGUGUUCUCUGCCCGCUGGCAAUGAGCCAUCUUGUUGGCUCCUUCAGACAAGUUAAUGAUGUCGAGCAAGUUCAAUAAAGAAUUUUGAAGCUA